AUGCCCCCUAAACGGCACGCAAAGUCGCCCAAGAGCAACAACACCGUUGACAAGAUCAACUCCAUCGCAACAUUCUCCAAGACCCUGUCGACACGUCUACCCUCCGCAAACGACGCACUUUCCAUCGACGCCCUGCUCGCGGAACUCAACCCCCAGCUCGAGACGAUUAUUCGCUUCUCUGGUAGCCCGAGAGCGAAAUCCCAGAGGGUGGAACUUGACAAGAGAGGGACGGAACUUUGGAACCAGUGUACCCGACAACGUCGUGAUAAUGCAGACGGGACAGCGACGGCGGCAGCAGCACCGACUGCGAGGAAGAAGCUUCUAUUGCGGAGCAGAACGUAUGCUUUCUUCAUGAUUAGCAUCGCGAGGGGUGUGUCGGGCGGUGCCGAGCCUCAGCUUGCGGAUGUGGCGCAUGUGAUGAAGUUGGCGCUCAAGGCGGGCAAGACGUGUCUUGAUGACGGCGGUACCAGUUCGAGUGCCUUGAAGCUCGCCGAAACUGUUUUUGAGAAGGGAGCGGAAUACAGUGCGGCAUUAGAGCUGCACUGGCAAGCCUGGAAAACUGAUAACUUUCCCGUCAUGGAGUUCAUGUAUCGCAAAGGACACCUCCAGCCGAGUGCGCUCGAUCCUAGUUCGGCCGAGAAGAUGGCAGAAGUGUUGUUCGAGAUCGGCAAGGGUCUCUCCAAGAAGGAAGACUUCGGCAUGGCGGUGCGGUGGCUCGAACGGGGUUACGACAUCAUCAACGCCCAGGACCUGUCGAUUCUCUCCCGCGACGCCAUCGAGCUGCGCCUCUCCGUCUGUCAAGCCCUGAUUCACGCGCUGCUGGGUCUCGGUACGCCAGAGUCCUCGCAAAAGGCGCUGGACUUGAUCAGCUAUAUCGAAUCCGAGAUUGGCGAGAAGCCCGUUGUCCUCCUUCUUCGCUUGGAGCUCUUGCAGAAGGCGCCGGCCGAAGUGUUUGAUAUCGAGGCCUAUGCUGAUAUUCUGAGGCGCAUGGUCCGGACAUUCAACUUCUCCGAAGCGCAUUUUAAGCUCUUGGUCCAUCAUGCACGAAAGUUGCACGACAAAAGCCCGACGCUGGCGACGAGCGUCGUGGAUGGGAUGCUCAGAGGCACCAUUGUCUCUUCUGGACGCGAAGAGUGGGUCGAGAGAUUGGUGCUGUUGAGGAUAUGGAUGGAGACGACACAGAGGGAUGGUAUGAGGGCCAUAGAAGAGCUGAUGGGGGUCUUAGCUGGACUCCAAGAUAACUUGAGUAAGCCUUUUGGGGCUUCUACGGCAGUGGGGGCGUUGACUCUCAUUUGGAAAAAGAUCGAGGUCAACUACAAUCAGGGGCACUUCGACUUCGCAGAUGGCUGGUGCCAGGUAGCCCUGCAGCCUCUGUUCCAAAAUGGCGGACCUGCGAAUAUGUCGAGACUCGGCAGAAAGCUCAUUCUCUGCGCACUUGGGAGAAACGACACCGAGAGGGCGCGGCAAGUCUUUCAUAGCAUGUCUGAGGCAGCGCAAAAUGAACCGAUGACGAGGUACUUGAUGUACAAGGCUGCCCUCCGAUUGUCUGACCAAGAGUUGGCUGCUCAGUGUCUGGAACGAGUAGCUCUUUCGGCACCAGGAGACCCUAACUUUCUUUAUGCUUGUGUCCUCGAGGCGCAACAGGCUGGAGAUAAGGUCUGCGCGAUGCAGGCUAUGAAGCAGCUAGUGGAAAAGUUCGACUUCAGCGAAGCGUCUCCAAUUCAUCUACCAGCGCUGUUGCGAUGCAAUAUCCGCCUUGCUGUGUCGGUUGUUGAGAGCGAGAAAGGUGCGAGGGAGCGGCAUAGUGCAGUGGAAGAAGUGAUUGUGCUCCUUGAAGUAGCCGUCAAGGCAAUCCAGCGAGACCCCAGGAACAAGGACGGCAACCGGCUGUUCACAGUCAAGGAACUCGACUGGUUCUGCCAAAAUGCGUAUAACCUUGGCCUCAAGCACUCGGAGAGCUGGGACGUAAAGCAUCUCAUCCGGCUUUACAACAGCUGCCUCGCUAUCGCGAAGCAUUAUCCAGAGGACCUCCCUGCCGAAGCUGCGAGUGACCUCGUGUUCAGGACAAUGUUUUGCGACUUCAUCGCCGCUGCUGCUCUCGUAUCGCUCGCCCGUACUGAAGACAACGUCGAGGAGCAGCUACAGCAUUAUCUCGUCAUGCGGAGGCACGUCAUGGCGUACAAUGCAGCAAUGGAGAAGCAAAUUAGCGACUGUUUGGAUACGAGGCUGAAGAUCGAUCUAACGGCCAAGCUUGCGACGUUGAUGGUGUUUGAUUUUGAGGCUGCAAUGGCAUUGAAGAAGACUGACGAGCUAGGGUUCAUCAUCCGCACGGCCGUGACGUGUCGGGAUGUGAAUACGCUCAAGGCGAUGGGGGACAUUGCGCUGCGAGGCAAAUUGCCUGGACAAGCCCUCUAUUCUACAUUGGGCGUCAUCGUCAACGAGAUCUGGGAGCUCGAGAAGAUGAAAGGCGACAGGCUGGCAAAGUAUAUCCGGUGCAUGUUCCACGCCGUCUUACCGCUCGAUGCGGCGCUGGGGCAGAGGCUGAUGAAGCAGGCCGUCGACGUGGCGAGGGAUUCUCGCAAGAGCCAGCAUCCGUUUCCAGCCGAAGAGCUCGAGUGGCUCGUCACUAUGGGCUUUAACCAGGCGGUGGACGCGUACAAUGCCCGACAGGACGACGAGUGCAAUACGUGGGCGGAUUUGGCGCUGAAUUUGGCGCAUUAUGGUGAUGAUGGUGGAGAUUUGGAGAAGAGGGUGCAGGAGAAUCGGAUGAAGUUGAAGUUUGACUUGCCCUGA